GCGGGCGGCAGGAGGCGGGUGGGUAAAGGUGUAUCUCUACUACAGAGUCCCUGAUAGGGGGUUUCGGGGAGUGCUUGGACCCUGGCUUCUGGGACGCGUCAGGUCGCCGUGAAGGUGAUUGCAUGAGAUCGUGCGUGUGAACGUUUGUUGACAGCUGUUACUUGAGUCCGACAGCCGUGGGGGCCGUGCACCUGCAUAACAUGGCUAGCUCUGAACUCCUUGGGGGACACGUAUACUUUUGAGAAUCCGAUGAAAGCCAAACAUUCCUCCCUUGUUUUCUUAGAAUUAAAGUAAGAUAAUAUAUUUCAUGGCCUGUUGCAAACAGAAAACCAUUACACAACGAUUAGUGAUCAGUAUCUGUGGAUGGGGAGGCCCCACUUACUUGAUCCUCUUCCCAGGGCUGUUGUGAAGAUCAAGUGCACAGCUUCUUAUAAACACUAAAACACUAUAAUAUCUUGUGAGCCAGGUACUAUUAUUAUUCCUCAUUGCAAAGAAAGAAGCCGAAGCCCAAGGAGGAUAAAUGCUGGGGUCGCACUGUGGGUGAGAAGCAGAGUGAUCAUUGGAAGCCAGGUGCUCCCCCUUUACUUCCUUUGUGCGGAGCACGCUCGCCUCCCCGGAGUUUCACUAGAAAGAAGGUCGCCGUCGGCCACGGGGACAGCUUGUAUCUCAAGUGCACGCGGAUGCCCCAGAAUCCCAGGAUCUCAGCCGAGCUGUUUGUGGAUUAUUAGAUCUGACUUAAAAGAAUAUUAUCCAGCAAUGCAAAUGAACAAACUAUAACUACACACAGCUGCAUGGACAAAUGUCAGAAACGUGACGUUGAGUGUGAAAAGCCAGAUGCAAACGAGGACUCACUGUGCAAUUCCGUGCAUGUACAGUGGCCAGGAGAAGGGAGCGUUGGCUUUGCUUUCAUCAGGCCAAAGAUGCCUUUCUUUGGGAAUAUGUUCAGUCCGAAGAAGACACCUCCUCGGAAGUCGGCAUCUCUCUCCAACCUGCAUUCUUUGGAUCGGUCAGCCCGGGAGGUGGAGCUGGGCUUGGAAUAUGGAUCCCCCACUAUGAACCUGGCAGGGCAAAGCCUGAAGUUUGAAAAUGGCCAGUGGAUAGCAGAGACAGGGGUUAGUGGCGGUGUGGACCGGAGGGAGGUUCAGCGCCUUCGCAGGCGGAACCAGCAGUUGGAGGAAGAGAACAAUCUCUUGCGGCUCAAAGUGGACAUCCUGUUAGACAUGCUUUCGGAGUCCACUGCCGAAUCCCACUUAAUGGAGAAGGAACUGGAUGAACUGAGGAUUAGCCGGAAGAGAAAAUGAAGACCCCAGAGACAUUUAUUGGGGAGUAGGAUGUAGCUAAGUGCUUUUUUUCUUUUCGCCCAGACCAGUGGAUUCGGUCCUGGGAGAGAGUAUCAUAUAAUGGGACCCACAGGCACUGGCACCCUUGGGUUGGCAAUAGAAGGUGACAUGGAAUGGAGAAAACCAAGAUUCCAGAUGGGGACAGUAACUAGAAGGUGCUUCAGAUGCACUGCCUGCAGAUGCCAGUCUGAAACCCAGACCGCACGGAGGCCUGGGGCUGCUGAUGAGCCUUUGGGUGCUCUCCACACACAAGAUUGCAAACACACAUGUCCCAGAAGAGCUCUGUUGGGCCCUGUUGGGAGAAGCGGCUGGAGUUCAUUCUCUCACCCCCUUACAUUAGGGUUUGGGGUUUGGCAGCAGUUCUGCAGAGCUCUGUGUUGGGGGUCAUGGAUGAGUGGCUCUCUUGGCUCUUAAAGGCAGGCCUCUCUCCUUGCCUUUAAAGAAUCCUCCUUCCUCACAUCUGGCCUCCUCUGGCUUCAGCUUCUCAGCAGCAAGCACCAGCCUUCCACAGCAACACUGUAUUUUUAUGCUACUUUCCUGUUUGCACUACUAUUUCUAUUAAAUGAUGUUAAAUAAUCUC